AUGGACUCAAAAAACAACAGUGCCAUUGCGGUGACUUACGAACAUAAGACUGUUGAACGCGGGCGUGAUUUUCGAUGGGCUCUUUUCCCGGAGAUCACGAAAACGAACGUGAAGCUUGACCAAGGUCUUUUUGAAUUCAACUUUGUCCUUCCAGAUCGUGGGACGACAAAUGAAGAAUGGGCGAGUCGUUGUAGCGAAUACAUAUCAGACAUGGAACUUGGCUUACCGAUGGGCUUGCGGACUACGCUAGCAACGCAGGUGCUCACCCAAGCACAACCAAGAAUAGUUGGUCCUGGCUUUGAAACGUUCGCGACUCUUGGUCGAGGCAAAUAUGGCAUAGUCCGUCUCGUAAAGAAUGUGUCGACAGGAGCAAUUUAUGCCUGCAAGUUUUUUCAUCAGGUUCUUAGAGGGGCCGAGUCGUAUGAUAUCGCCUGUAAGCGGGAGAUCUCCAUGCUCAAGAACUACUGCAACCACGAGAAAAUCAUCCAGUAUAGACAUAAUUCUUGCCUUGAUGGAUUCCAUCACUUGAUCAUGCCUUUGAUGGAAGGCGGAACCGUAGCUGAACAACAGAAGACAAAAGCCUAUACUUACUGGGAGACAUCAGCCAUUCUUCAGCAGUGCCUAGAAGGUUUAAAGUACCUUCAUGGAAAUGACAUUGUCCACAGGAACAUCAACCCCCACAACAUCCUCGUCGACAGCGGAAACCGAGCACGUGUGAAGAUUGGUGGCUUCAGCCUAGCAAAGCACGGUCAAAGCUUUUCAACACCACCAGAAGGAUCUGUGCGAUACAGAGCUCCUGAGCAGUGGGAUGGACCGGACGACGCAAAAAAUAGACCCGUCGUGGAUGUCUGGGCCCUUGGCCUGGUCAUCUCAGAUCUAGCAGGCUUUAGUCCCGAGACACCCACCAUCAUCAAUGGACCAGAAUACUGCCAGCUGAUAGUGGAUACGAUGUUAGCAUGGCAGAGGAGUCCUAAACUCGUGGACGGUGCUUGGGAGGAGCACAUAGCCGAUCCAGAUAAUUAUACUGUACUGGAAUUGGUCUACGACUGUCUUCUAUACAUGCUGGAACGGAACCCAGGCGAAAGAUACUCUACCACCGAGAUGUUUCAACGGACAAGGCUUAUGGAAAUAUUCUCCAAGUGGCCGGAAAACGUUCUUGAGCUCCAAAAUGACGUCUGGGCCAUUCAAGCUGGGGAUCUCGAUUCUUAG